ACGACAACCUGGUGGACUGCAACUUCUUGACUCUUAUUUCAUCUUAUUAUAUAACACCCUCCAAUUAACCAAAACACACUUUCAAAACACACACAAAACCACCAUUUACCAUGCAUAGAUCAUGCUCAUGUGGUCAUCAAUAUUCCAACUCUUUUUCCAUGCUUUUGACUGUGCCAUACGAUCAACACAUCUGUCCCUAUGAUUCUUCUUCAGCCGUUGAUUGUACUCUUUCGUUGGCGACACCGUCAACACGUUUGACCUCAGACGAGUACUACGACUCGUCGGAGGCUCGUUUCUGCUGGGACUUUUUGCAGCCCGAUAACCCCUCCCGCCUGCCACCGUCCCACAAAAGCAUCCGCGGAGGCGUAACCAACGCCUCCGCGGUCGACUCGCUUCUUGCCCGGAGGUGUGCUAACUGUGACACCACUUCUACUCCACUUUGGAGGAAUGGUCCUCGCGGCCCCAAGUCACUGUGCAAUGCGUGUGGGAUCCGGUACAAGAAGGAAGAGAGGAGAGCAAACGCUGCAACAGCGGCGGCGGGUGGUGGUCUAGAGGUAGCGGCAACGCAUAAACUGCCGUCAUGCUACUCUCCGGGAGCCGUCGGCGGCGAGUUUAGGUUUACAGAUGACGUGGACGACAGAGAUUCUACGUUCAUGUCGUGGCGUCUCAAUGUGACUGACAGAGCAGGGCUUGUGCAUGAUUUCACACGGUAUUAAAAUCUAGUGGGCCCACCUGGAGAUCUGCGAUGAUGACGUGGAUAUUAUUAUUAUUAUUAUUAUUACUAUUCUUCUGAUAUAUAUGAUUAUGAUCUUAUUAC